AUGCGACAGCGGAUGUUCCAGCAGCACCAGCACCAGCAACACAACCCGCAACAUGGGGGUCUUCCGGUAUCUCUACCCAAUGGUGCCCAGGGAUUGAAUGCUGCCCAGUUGGCUGCAAUGCAAGCCAACCCUGGGAUGCGACCUGUUAAUCUACAAAUGCACCUUCAACAACAAGUGCCCCAUGGCCAGCCGCAAAAUAUGCAACAGCAGCAGCUUUUUGCUCUUCAGCAAGCGCAGGUGCAAGCGCAAGCUCAGGCAAAUAGCGCAGGUCAACCGGGUCAACAUACGCCCCAGCGUUCAUCGGCACAGCCCCCGAGUCUGCACGAGACCCAGGGUGGUACUCCCCAGUCGCAGCAUGGUCCGCCCCCGGGAAGCGGUACACCCCAGCCGAACCCACCUUCUCAACCACCAUCGACCCAACCCCCACCAUCGCAGGUCGGACCGCCGCAGGCUCAGGCCACUCCCAACCCCCAGCCGCAGCAGCUGCCGCAGUCUCAGCAGCCAGGACAACCCGGUCCGCAACCCCAGCCGCCACAGGGUGCGCAGGGCGCGCAGGGUCAGCAGUCGGGCCCACCCAAUCAGCAGCCAAUGACUGCCCAAGAGGUUCAGAUGAAAGCGCAGCAGCAGCAGCAGAAUGCCAAUGCUCUCAUGUUACAGCAGAGAAUGAACCGACAAGGCGCGUCGAUUUUAUGCCUCAAUUCCUACGCGGAGCACUUGAGUGGAUUCUCGAGUCGAGGCGAGGCCCAGGAUUUAUUCUACUGGCAGUCUUUUGUCGAUCGGUUUUAUUCCCCAGGGGGUGUGUUACGACAGGGAGUGUGGAACCCUCAAGUUGGAUCCAAGCAGUUUGAAAUUGCGACACCCGCGCUGGCCCGAUACUAUCUCACCCAAUAUACGAGUGGGAUCCGCCAAAUUCAGAUGGUCGUGGAAGGCGCUCGCGAGCGGGAUUCAGCCAAUGGGGGCCGCAUCGUGGAGAGCCAGCGGACUUCAUUCAUUUAUUGGUUUACGAAUGAUUGUCAGCUCUUCACUAGCGGCACGCUGCGCGCGCAUUUUGACGUCAACAGCAAGAUCGAGAUGCUAGAUAUCAACGUCACCAGUCACAAUGAGUUUGUUCCUCGGAGUCUGGUGCAUUCUUUGGAGGCUAUGGAGCAAAAGCAAAGUCCCAAAGUCCCCAAGAAUGCCGCCAAACGUGCUCAGCAGAAGCAAGCUCAGUCAGUGUCACUUCCAGAAUCCAUGGUCACACCCAACGGGGUUCCGACGCCAGUCAUGGGCUUCUUGGAGGUGGCCGAGACUAUUUCCCAGAUGCAGAUGCUGUUCCAGUUCUCGCAGUCGAACCCGAACAUGUCACCCCCCGAGGCUUUGCGCAACCUUGUCACCACUCUCCAGACUCAAAACCCCAACCCUGGGUUUAUGCCGAGUCCCAUGAAUCCCGGCAUGCAGCCUGGCCCCAACAUGCGGGCUCCUAGUAUCAAUGGCCCAUCGCAGUUUGCGUCCCCCGCUAUGGCCCAUCUAGGUCUACCCGGGGCGCAAGGCUCCCCUCAUCUGACUGGGUCAGCGCACGGUAGCCCAGCUCAGAGUCAGCUCGCUGGUCCACCGGGAAUCCAAGGAGGUAUGCAUCCCUCCCCGGCCGGCGUGAGCAAUAGCCCAAACGUGGGCGGUAACAAACGUCGUCGAGCGAGCACGGUCAAGAUGGAGUCCGAUGAAACUGGUGCCGAGAUGAAUGGCGCCGCCCAGCAAGGUUCUGGCAAAGUCAAGGCUAGCCCUCGUGUCCCCAAACGACAGAAAGGGGCCGCUGCCUAG